AUGGGUCACAAGCGUAAUAAUAUGGUCCCAAACGGGCAUUUUCAUAAAGAUUGGCAAAGUCGUAUCCGAACAUGGUUUAACCAACCAGCACGUAAACAGCGUCGUCGAAUGAAUCGUUUAAAAAAAGCUUUAGCUUGCACCCCACGACCAGCUGCCGGAUUACUUCGACCAAUUGUUCGUUGUCCUACAAAUCGUUACAAUAAAAAAAUUCGUUUGGGUCGUGGUUUUACUUUGGAAGAAUUAAAAGCAGUUGGUAUUAGUAAAAAAAUUGCACCUACCAUUGGUAUUUCGGUUGAUUAUAGACGAACCAAUAAAUCCGUUGAAUCGCUUCAGGUUUUUUUUCCUAACUAA